UGAUCGUCUGCGCAGUUGUCACCAAUGUGCUCUGGUCGAAUCCACGUGCUGCAGGCAUUGGCCUGCACACUGAAAAUCGAAUGAAAACCUGGCGGCACUUUGGCUCGAAGGGGGCAUGGGCGGAGGGAGGGAUAACGAUGACGACGUGGAAGGCUGAGGAGGGGCCGCGCCCACUGGGGAGGCCUUAAACCCAUGGCCCUGCACUGUUACGGCUGCAGAGCCCAUGCGCCAGGAGAGCUCAAUUCUCUUCUGGAAAAUACAUCUCGACAACACUGUGAAUGUCGAAAGAGAGAGAGAGAGAGAGAGAGAGAGAGAGAGAGAGAGGAGAGGAGGAGCAGGAGGAGCAGGAGGAGGAGGAGGAGCCACCAGGGAGUGGUGACAAACAGAAGAACUGCGGACCAGGCACGCUCACCACAGCACGCACAACAGGAGCCCCGCCCCGCGGCCCCCCAAAUCUGGGCCAACGGAGAAAAACAGCAAAAACAUGCGCCGUCCUUGCCACUGAGGAGAAACCAAAAGGUACCGAUACCGCUACAGCAGGAUGGAGGACUGAGGCUUGGAGGCUUGGGCAAGGGACCUGAGGACGCGUCCGCUCCAUGCCCAGCGGUGGCGGUUCAGCGCGGGGCGCAACCCCCGCAGGCAGCCCCAAAUCGGCCCCCGUCGCGGGCAAGCAUUGCCGCGCGACGUCGGCCAGCGCCACCCGCCGCAGAAAAAACAGACCUCCGGCACACGGGCGCGGACAGGUUGACGUUGACCCCCCCUCUCCCAGGAGGCGCAACAAAAAGGGGGGGGGAGGGAAGGGGUGGCGGCAUGGUUACCUCUUCCUCCUCUGACCCGUUCCCGCCGAAUCCUCACGGCAGCAGUGGCAGGCAACUGUGGCUCGCGGCCGUCGGCCUACCACAGAACCUCAUCUGGCCGUUCCUCCGCGGGGCGGGCGCCGAGCCGGGGCUCGUUGGCGGAGUCGCCGUGUCCGGUGGCACCGCGGCAGCAAUGCCGGCAUCCGCAGCCGCGAGGAAAGCGGCUAUCGGCUUUGCCCGCCCGGCGUUCUCGCCAGGCGUCGCGCUCUCCUCGGCACCGGGA